AUGUUGAAUGCAUAUCGACUGCUCGUCUGGUUUACUCUUUUGUGCUCAAUCCCCGAGGGCCUUUUUGUCCCACAACCAACUUCCGGGGAAGCCAAAUCGUACAGGGUUAGUAUUGUUCCGCUGACGAGAACCAUCGAGCUUAAUGCGCCCUACUAUGCAGAAUGUCGGGUUGAACCGCAGCCUCGGGAUCGCAUUGAAUUUGCCUGGUACUUCAAUGGACGUUUCCAUUCGGAGGGUCAACGCCUGAGUAUUCCAGAACUUAACGAGCACACUAUCGGCGAGUAUACUUGCCAGGCCAACAUUCACACAUCCUCAGGCACUCCACUCGUUGCCCAGGCAAGAGCCAUCAUCCAAUACCAGCCCGUAUCGCUAGAACAGCCAGAUCUGGAGACCUACUCGGUAAGCAUCAUUCCACUGACACCGAGAAUUGAACGCAGGGCACCCUACUACGCAGGAUGCCGCAUUCAACCAAGGCCUCGCUACCCUGUUCGUUACACCUGGUAUUACAAGGGACGUUACCACUCAGAGGGCCAGCGGCUGAGAAUCUCUCAAUUAAACGACCUCACAGCUGGCAAGUACACCUGCCAGGCGACCAUCGAAACGCCCUCGGGAGCACAAUCCGUUUCCAAUGGGACGAGAAAUGUCGACUACACAAGCAGACUACCAGACGGCUCGGUACAGGGACAAGUGAGCAUUGUCCCACUCACUCAACAAAUGGAACACAAUCAACCAUUCUAUGCGGAGUGUCGCAUCGAACCUCCACCCACUGUGCCGGCGGACUAUACUUGGUACUUCCAAGAUCGUGCCUUCUCCCGCGGCCAACGUCUCAGCAUUCCGAAACUCACUGAGGACAGUGCCGGUGACUACACCUGUGAGGCACGAUUCAGGCCGAUGGGUGGUUCGACUGUUGAGGGCAACGCGACUAUUACCCUUCGGUACACUUCUUCGCGUCCCGUUCGUAACCCUGCUCCACAAACCUACUGGGUGAGUAUUAUUCCGCUGACCGAAAGACCUGCACGAGGCUCACCCUACUAUGCUGACUGCCGCUUGCAACCACAACCGCCUUAUCCUGUUCGCCUCACCUGGUACUUCAAGGGACGCUAUCAUUCGGAGGGUCAGCGCCUCAGCAUCCGUGAACUGAAUGAGUACACCACCGGGGAGUAUACCUGUCAGGCAACGAUCAGCACACCUACUGGAAUUCCCUUGACAAUCAACGCGUCCAGGUCAAUCCAUUACGCCGCAGCGCCUCCGCCAGAUGUCGCCGGCAAGUGGCGUAUUCAAGCGAAUAUUGUUCCUCUCACUCAACAAGUGGAGCGUAAUAGGCCUUUCUACGCCGAGUGUCGCCUAUCGCCGCGACCGUCUGUACCGGUUGACUACACCUGGUACUUCCAAGGUCGAGUAUUCUCUCGCGGUGAACGUCUCAGCAUUCCUGAACUCAACGAGUAUACGGUUGGUGACUACAUCUGUAAGGCGCGCUUCAGACCAGCGGGCGGUUCGACUGUCGAGAUUAAAGCGACUAUUUCCCUCUGGUUCGAGUCUGCGCCCUCCGGUGGUAGUUCUGGUAAGUUUUUACUAUGCCAUACCCAACGUUGUAGACACAUAUUGUUUGUUUGUCAGGUUUUUGCGCAGCCUUUCGUCUAUCCGCGAACCGUAACUGUGUGCAUGUUAUCACUUCUAAUUAGGGGCAUCAUUUGCUUAGGCGCGCUGCUUGAAGUCAUGGUAAGUGCAUUUCUCUGUGUCCGUUGGUAA